ACAAGCGUCAAGAAUUUCGAUAUAAAAAACGCUCGCUGUAAUUACAUUCUCCACAGCACGUUAGAACUUAGAAGAGAAGCUUUCCAAUACACUUAUAUCAUUCCUCGUUAUGAUCAAAAUGCUUGGUGUUUUGUGGCUGUGCGUAAUCAGCUUGGCAUGGCUUGCAGUAGCCAACGGCGACGACAUCCCGUACACCAUUCCGGCAGGUCAACCAGACGGCUUCGCGCAGUACGUCCGCAUCGAAAAACCCUAUCCGAAUGGUGGAAGCAACAAACAGCACCAGUUCGACCAUCUUCCCGGGCUCGGCAUAGGGUUAGGACAAGGAUCGCGAAUAGUCGCCUCAGUGUAUGAUGACACUCUCAAGCCGGGAGAGAAGAGGUGCCCCGUGGACGGCGAUCCUCACUGCCGUGACUGCGUGGCGGGAUACAAGGCCAGCGACUUUGUGCAGUCGCAGUGCUGCUUCGCCCACCACUGGGCCUGGAUGAAUAACCGUCCAAUCCGCGACGUUCUGCCGUACCGCUUCCAUCUGUCACCCGUGAACCAAACAGAACCCCCCGAAUAUCGUGAUAAAUACGCGAUAACUGGCGACAUAUGGCACGAGGAUCCGUGCACUACGGAGCCAAUUGCCACCAUUCCAGAAGGAGGCUACAUCCCUUGCCGCCAGCGCAACGCUUGUCCGAAAGUUAGAGGAGAUGGGACCAUAUACUGACUUCUGUACGUUGGUACGGGGAACCCUCAGUUACUACCCUAGUUCGAGAAAAAAAGACACUGUUUUGGAUCGGGACAUUUUAUAGCAAUUUUUAUCACCAAUUAACCUUUGUCAUGCUUCUUUUCUUAUGGCCUUUGUUUCUUCCGUAUGCUUUUUUCUUUCUGUGUUCUGUAUUUCGUAGCUUGUCUGAUUUUUUUCACACAGUGUACCGUGUCGU